AUGAAUCCCUCGUUGCGAUCCCCAAACUCGCCAGGGCGUCAAAGGGUGCCAGCCCCUGCUCGCUACCGGCCUCCACCUCCGCAGCCUCCGUCGGAUGACGACGAAGAUGACUCCGACGAAGACGAAUUGGCUCGCCCCGGUUCCUCCGGUAGCGACGCCUCCUCCAAUGUGACAACAGUUUCAGCAGCACCGGUUACACCUAUCAAUCCUCAAAUUCCUCCCGGCAGCUAUUUCCCCCCCUCAACCUCGCUCAACCACCACCUCGCCGCACGCUCGCCCGAUGCCAGACCACUCCGGCCGCCGGCCGGCUUCUUUGAACCAUCCAUGCCGAGUGCUUCGUCUGACCAGGUCCCUACCGUGUCGGCCUCCCGAAUCGCUGCCCAGGCAGCAAUGCAACAGACGAAACGGGCCCAGAAUGUUAUACCUGUGGAGGAUACACGGUCACGGCAAAGUGGCAGCGCAUCGCCCCCGCUCAUGCCUGCUCCAUUGCGUGUUACUGUGCCCUCGCCUCAGCCCCCAGCGCCAACAAACGUGGCUACGACAGCUGCGAAUGUUGUGUUCCCGCGCGCCGGUGCGCAACCGCCAGACCUACAGCCCGAGAAACAAAAGAAGAAAAAGCUGUUUUCUAAACCAAAGCAUAUCGGUAUCAGCAGGGAUAAAGAUUUGGGCAAGGAUCGGGGGCUUCCUUCUCCGAGCAAGAUCAGUGGCUUGUCGCGGAUGGUCAGCGCGUCUACGACGACUUUGGCCGACUUGCCUUCGAACAACUCCUCCAUGUACAAUCUCUCCAAUGCCUCUGUGAGCACCGUCGUCCCCGCAGAUCGAGCUCCUGUGCCAGAAAAGGAAAAGGACAAGGAAAAAGACAAACACAAGCACCAUUUCCUGUCGAGACAGAAACUCAAACUCAAGGACCGGGUGGAUGAUCACUUCAAUCAAGUCUUGUCCUCAGCCUCCAGCAACUCUCGUCCGGCCGAUCCAAAUGCUCCGCAAUCCCUCUACUCCUUCACAAGCCCUGCAUCACCGGCUCCGGGUGCCACGUUCGGUAAGUCGGUCAGCGGUCUGGAUAUCUUGCAUGGCGGACGAGCACUCCGCGAGAAGAAGAAAGAGGAGAAAGCACUCGCCGAGUCGGAGCAAUUGGAAUGGCUAGCCAAUACCACCGGCGGUGCCACGACGCCUGGUGGUUUCCCAUGUCCCUCUUCAAUUGGCAGUGCAAGUACAUACCCCGAGUCUAUCCUUCGGGAGACAUUGCAAGGCUUUGGGUUGAAUAACAUGACACCCGAAGAUGCGUGGGAUUUCCUCAAGGCGAAGCUGCUGGUCAUCUUCGAUGGUGAGGAUGUGCGCAUUGCCAUUGAGGAUUUGAACAAGCUGGUUCUGGUUCAUUUGCAGCGCUGUGUGCAUAAGAGGACACCCGCCUCCAUCAUUACCGACUUGCAGGAGUUGCUUGAAACUGGGUUCGCAACUCUUAAUCUCAGUUCGCUUCUAGGGGUACCUGAUGAAAAGCUGGUUCCACACCUGGUACAGAUUUGGCUGCUGGUAUUCGGUACAAUCUUGCCCUUUAUCCAGGCCGUUUUCCUUCCUCUGGAUCUCGAAUUCAAGGGCUGUGGAUCUCUGAUGACUAGCCGCGAAGCUCUUGAGUUCUGGGGGCCACUCCCUGUCGGUGGUACGCUCGAAGUGCGUAACCUGGUUCUCAUUGCCUUCCGUGACUGUAUCAUCCUAAACCGCUACGAGACUCUGAAAGCAACCUUCUCCCGCCUCAGUCUAGACUCCAUCAACUCUGGCUUCCCAACUCUCAGUGUGACAGCCAAAAGCACCGGCACAGGAGGACGUCCUGGUACUGCAGCCUCGCUCGACGCCGGUUUCGGCAGCUUUAACUCACAAUCUUCUACCCUCCUCAGCACUGUUGCAGACAGCUACUCUUCAGACGGGAUAACCGGUCUAGCCAACAACCCCCGGCCUACAAGCAGCAACUCCCGCAGCCGCGCUGCAUCGAAUACUUCCUCAAACCCAGAUCCUUUCACCUUCCAGUCUGUUGCAUCGCCGCCGGCACCUGCGAAACGACCCACGAUCAUUCACCGCGUUAACUCGACUGAUAGCUCACAUGUCAUUACAGAGACUGUGGGUCGUAUGCUGCAAUGUGUUAGCGUGCUCGCCAGCGUGCAAACUGCCGAUGCCUCUCAAGAGAAGAUCGAGGUCCUCAGCAAAGCUCUAAAGCACAACUGGCUUGGACGUGGCCGCACAGGCCGUGAUCGCCGUGGAUUUGUCGGUGCUAAGAUUCGGCCUGUCAUGGUUGGCGGUCCACCAGUCAUCGACGAUGCAGAGUCUCUCACCACUGCUGGUAUCAGUAUUGGAACAAGUACUACUAGUGGAUCUCGAGGUCGAGGUGAUUCUGAUUCGUCGGAAUGGAGUGCAGGACUACCAGGAAUGGGGUUGAGUAUGCGAAGCAGUGGUAGACGAGAAAUGAGCGCUCUCUGA